ACGCCAAUGGUUUCCACCAUUUGUUACGGUUGCAGUAAGCCUAGAUAACUACAGGUCUAUUUCUAUAUAGUUCAGUGUAUAAAUACCCAGUGACUGUGUUAAAAGGAUUAGUCUUUAGCCUCAACAAACCAAUAGGUUUGGCUACUAUACUUUAGAUUUAUGAGCGAUCCAAGGUUAAUUAACUCUUUCUCUCCGUAAUUAUUUACCAGAUUAUGGAGGUAUCAACCCUUGUAUCGUCAGUUAGGAGAGAAAGAGUUAGGUACAUCCAGGAAGUAGAUUCUAGAAUAAGGAAGCUUGUAAUAUUUUUAUGUUUUUUUUUCUUAUCGAGCAAACGCAAUAUAUGCACCUGGGAGAAGUCCACCGACAAUUACUUUAUUUAAAAAAUAGAGUUAUUAUCGUAUACGCUAUAUGAGAUCGAUUAAAUUAUAGCAGAGUAUGAAUACAACCAAGUUAUUAAUAUAUAUGUGAGACCAGAAGUAGUGCCUGCUUAGUUGAAUCGCUCCUUAGUCUCACAAUUCCUGGAUACAUUGGUGCAAGAUAGGAAGAACGCCUAGAUAUUCUCAAGAUGGAACCUGAUAAGGUUCAACUAUUAAUUGCUGAAAAAGCGCUGACAGUGACCUUCAUACUUCUAAUAUGUUUCAUCAAUUGGGCACUCAUCAUCACCCAAGUCAAGAAACCAAUGUUCUAUCAGAGCGUCAAGCUGAUGAUGAUUAUAUCCUUGGCUAUAGGAGACAUCAUCUUUGCACUCUUCCCGUUAGUAGUGCAUGCUAGACAAUAUUUUGAGGCAGAUAAAACCUUCAUGACCUGCACAUUAUUAACCAAUACCACAACCUACAUGUCCUACUUGAUUCAUUUCGUCUACGGACUUGGUCUUGUGAUACUGGCAGUAGAAGUCUUCCUCAGAAACAGGAUUCAAAGUAUCCAUGACAACCGCUAUAAAAUAAUUUCUGCAGUUGGUGCGAGUAGCGUCCCUUGGAUCUUAGGACUAAUUAUAAUACUUCCGCUUUGCAUGUCAAAUGUAGAUUAUGAGAAUCAGUGCAUAAACAGCCAGUCUUUGGAAUCCAUGUUUGGGGUAUCAGUGUUUCUACCAGUUUCACUCUCAAUAGUAAUCAGUAUUGAUCUUAACUGUUUAUAUGGUCCUACAUUGCAACAGAGACAGAUUACAGACACCGACCUGCAGCCCAUAAUUGUGUCUCAACAGACUGUUGCACAGCAAGAAAAUUUUCAUUAUAAUCCACUGAACUCAAAUCCAUAUCCACAGAAUGCAGUAUCCUAUCCAUAUCCAGCAAACCAACAGGUUAUGAACCAGUCCUCAACGGUGAACAUCAACUUAAACCAGGGAGUCAGCACAAUACAAGUGACUCCCAUGAAUCAACGCAUAGAGGGUCAAAGGUUAAUUCUAAUAUCUAUCAUCUUCGGUUUGAUGGUAGUUCCCUUUGCAUCAGUCGCUCUUAGAGCAGACGAUAUUGUCUGGCCGGACUCAAUGACAAAAACUGUAGUAACACAAUUUGUCUUUUGGCUUAUGGCGGCACGAUCAUGCUUAACGCCCCUGAUUAUGAUUGGCUAUUCUAAUUUGUAAUCUGUGCCUAUGUGUUUAAACAAGGUAUAUGUCAAAACAAAUAGAAGCACCUACAAAAGACCUGAAGUCCAACCUCUUCUUCAAUGUAUAAUAACAUUUUUGUUAUUUUUUUUUUUUGUUUUCUAAACGCUUGAGUUCGAGAAGCAUAUAACAAUUGGACUUGUUGUCUAUAAUAUAAAAUGAUAUAAUUUCACAAGGUUGAUUGCCUUAAUUAUUGUUUGAUCUAUUUACGUGUGCAUUGAUUGGAUAGAUUAAAAGAUAGCUGCCAACUUCGAUUUAUGAAUACAAUGAGUUAAAGCAUGGAGUAAAAGUUAUGGACUAGGGACAUGGAGCAGAAGUAGAUCUACGUCACAUCUCUCUGUGCUUCUCAAUGAGAACAGACUUUGUUAAGUUCGAUAGCCAAGGUAGAGUGCAAGUUGUUUCGGAGACCCUCUGUUUCCUGCCAAUACAUAUUAUCAACCAAUCUUAAUGUUUAAACACACACUUACAAAUUUAUUCAUAAACAUGAAGACUACAAUUUGUUUACCCCCCCCCCCUUUUUUUUUCCCCAUACGUGUCAUGGGCGUAGCAGGAUUUUUUUCGGGGAGGGUUUUGGGGGGGGAUUCCCCCCCCCCCGUCUCCCUCUUCUUCCGCGGUAAAAAAUUAUAUAUAUAUAUAUAUAUAUAUAUAUAUAUUUAUAUGUGUGUGUGUGUGUGUGUGUACAUAAUUAAUCUUUAUUACAUUCUGACCCUUUCGGAAGACGUUUAUUGUGACCUAAAAUUGGUUCUUCCUGGAAUUAGUGGAAAUCUUGUAAACUAGCAAGGGGGUCUGAGGGAGCUCGCUGUGCUCCCCCAGCGCGGGGGGAGCCCCGCCGCCUAGCACUAAUUCUGGUAUUGAAAGCCAACAAAAUGCAUAUUCUGAGGUAUCUACAGUGCAUUAUCUUGCUAUUAAAAACCUAAUGUGCUAUUCUUACUGACUUAGACCCUCUCGCGCCGUUCGGGGCAUUUUCCGGCAAGCUGUUUUCGCAACUCUUAUUAUGCGUAAUUCAUUUUGUCGGAGAAAUUGUCACAACGUUACUAAGGGUUCGACUCCCAGUUCAGCAUAUGAUUUAUUUGAUUUAGACCCUGUCUCUAUAACUGACUCCUAAAAUCUGUAGAUGCCAUCUUUGUUGAGCCACAUUUAGUGUUUUUCAAUUUUGGCAGAUGACUAUUCACACUUUAUUAAUGGAGCCCCGCCACUGGUAGAAAUUUGUAACCUCUCUGGACUACGCUCUUGGAAUUACAUGCCUGUAUUUCGCUUUAGAUUUUAUAUUGAAAAGGAAAGUUUUAUUGUCAAAAUCAUCUGUUGAGGGGUUUUAAAAUAAAAAAAUCUCUGGAGUUUUUUUUUUUUUUAAAUUCAAAAAUCAAUUUAGCUAUGGUCAUAGAAUUUGGUGACUGUAGUUUGCUUUAAAAUAAUAUUGAAGAGAGAGGUUUUCAAUUAAAAACGCUCUGUAGAGGAAUUUUAAACUCAAAACCAUCUGAAAGGGUUUUUAAUUUUUUAAAAAGCCAUCUGGAGGAGGGGUAUUUAAACUCAAAACACCUCAUUAGUUUAGCUAGGCUCAAAGAAUUUUAGUGUGCAACUCGCUUAUUAUUUUGAAGAGGUAUUUUUUAGCAUCAAAACACUCUGAAGGGGGAUUUAAACUCAAACCCCCCUUUGGUUACGCUCAUAGCAUUUUGAGUACGUAAUUUGCUUUUUUUUUUGUUUUUUAGUAUUAAAGAGUUAUUUUUCAGCUUCAAACCCCGCUGGCAGGGGGUUUUAAACUCAUAUUCCCUUUGGCUACGCUCAUAGAUUUUAUAGUGUGUAAUUUUCUUUGUUUUUAUAUUGAAGAGGUACAUUUUAGCUUCAAACCCCAGCUGGAGGGGGUGGGGGUUAAACUCAAAACCCCUUUGGCUACGCUCAUAGAUUUUUGAGAGUGUAAUUUUAUUUUUUUAAAUUGAGAUGGGGUUUAUCGUAAUUUUUGGAGGCGGUUUUAAAGUCAAAAUCUUCCUUAGCUGUUUUCUUGGAAUUUGGGGAUUGUCGUUUGCAUUUUUUUUAGUUUUGUUGAUAGAAGAGGAGGAUUUAACUGCAAAACCCCUGGUAGGGGGUUUUAAACUCAAAACACCUGUAGGGGGUUUUAAACUCAAAACCCCAUGGUAGAGGGAUUUUUAUCUCAAAAUCCCCUGAUAGUUUUUUUUACUCAAAACCCUCUGGUAGGGGGUUUUAAACUCAAAACCUCCUGGUAGAGGGUUUUUAACUCAAAACCCCCUGGUAGAGGGUUUUUAACUCAAAACCCAUUCGGCUGUGCUGUGGUAAGUGAUGAGCUAGUAUUACAAUCUCACCUAAAAUAAACAAAAUGAAAGCAAAAAAUCAGUCACUGAAUUCCGUCCCCACCCCUGCUAUUAACGCACGCACACACACACACACACACAGAGAAAGAGAGAGAGAGAGCGAGCGAAAGAGAAGGAGAGAAAAAGAGAGAGAGAGAUUAUUCUCACAAACCAUCAGAAGGAAAUAUCUGUUCCUGUUUUUCUGUCAAGGGACGCUACUACACAUUGGACAGUUUGUUUUCGUGUGUCGUACUUACCUUUAGAAUUGAAUUAAAUUAGACCAUAGUCCGAACAUUCCGCUGGAUGUUGGGGGGGGGGAGGUAGAGAGAAGGUUAUAAAUUUGCAACCAUUGUCAUGACAAUCUAGAAAGCAUACCACACGACCUUUGAAUCAUUCUAUAAAUAUUUAAUGGUUUAUUAAGAACUAGCCUACCCGCGGCAUAGCAUAAGCCGCCAUUUAGUGACUGGGGAACACUUCCUUAGAGACACUGUUCUCCAAAUGGGGUGGGUUUGAGGAAACGACUGUGU